AGCUGUGCUCGUGCCCCCACAACUGCAUCUCAGUAUUUUGCAGCGAAAUCUACUCUGCUUGAAAAACCAUGAAGGCUAAACAGCCUGUCACACUGAGCCACUGUUUUGUGUGAGCAUCAGACGCCAAGUGGAACCAAGAGAGAAAGAGAGAGUGUGAGAGAGAGAGGGAGAGAGCGCGCGCGCACCACGCAAGCGCGUAAAGGCGAGAUGGAUACCUAAUUAUCGGUCUUUUCCAGCGCUAUUCCACAUUUUAAGUGGAGCGGUGCGUUGUUUGAUUUUCGCGGCCCCUCACGGUGCAGUGGAGGAACACAACUAUACAUCGCGGAUUUCUAUCAUCAGCGUGGACAAAUGGGGGGAAGAGGACACAGCUCUUCGUUGACUCGUGAGGCGAUCGCUGCGUUACGCAUUUAUUUCCCAGUGAGCGCUUGAAUAUUUACCCCCCCCCCUCUCCCGCUCUCUCCCCCUUCUUCGCUGAGAAUCAUCGCUGCUGCAACCUCAACGUUGCAAAAAGUCAAACAUCAGUGGAUGUAAGACGGAGAGCAGCAGGGUGUUGUCGAGAAGAGAGGGAUGAGAGGAGGAGGAGGAGGGGAGCACUAUGAGGUGUGAUGUUUUGUUGGAAAAGCCGGAGAAAGGCGGACACGGAGGAGAAGGUGUGCUGCUGCUGCUGGUGGUGCUGCUGCUGAUGUGCUGAAAGCCUGCGACAGCGCCGUGUCCAAGUCCUCCUGAGAGAUCGUCACGAAGCGGGGGAAGAAAUGGCCUAUAGUUAGAACAUCACUGACACACAGAGAGGACAAGAAGAGGAUUUGCGUUCUUGGAUGGACGGGCCAUCACCAUCUCUAUCACCACCACCACCACCAUCAUCGUCUUAUUCUCGGAACUUGCAAUUCAGUCUUUAAGGUGGAACUGGCUCACUGACUGCAGCUCGAGACCCAUCAGAAGUCCUACAGAGAGAGACUGAUGUGACCACACAGUCUACCUGAGAAUGCUACCUGACCCUCUGCCUCACCAUGUCGCCCUAGGAAAACUGUCCCUUCUCACACAACCUCCUUUUUUGCCUUUUUUAUCCACCAUAACCCACUGAGUUUUUGAUCAACCAAAGUCCUGGUGAUACGACUAAAAGAGCCUUUAUUUUGGACAUGUGGUUUUUUCCUUUCAAUGCUGCCAGCCACCAAGGCUAUGGUGGGAAGCAUCAUUAUACUUUUCAGCAGAUUGCUAACCUCUGCCUGGUGUGGCUCUUAGGACUAGCACUACACCUGACUCUUUCCUCAUGUCAACGGGUUGAUCUGAAACACCCCAUAGUGUCCACAGGCUAUGGAAAAAUCCGUGGAAUCAGGAAGGAGCUCAGCAAUGAGAUCUUGGGCCCAGUGGAGCAGUACUUAGGCGUGCCGUAUGCCACUGCACCUAUUGGCGAGCGUCGCUUCCAGCCCCCUGAAGCUCCGGGCUCCUGGCAGGAGAUCCGCAACGCCACCCAGUUUGCGCCUGUGUGUCCGCAGAACGUGCACGGGGUUUUACCUGAGAUCAUGUUACCUGUGUGGUUCACGGACAACCUGGAUGCUGCAGCGAACUAUGUCCAAAACCAGAGCGAGGACUGCCUUUACCUAAACAUAUACGUACCUACUGAAGAUGGUCCACUGACAAAAAAACCUGAUGAGUCUACAAUGAACAGACCAAGGGAGGAAGAUAUUCGGGAUCGUCGCAAGAAGCCGGUCAUGCUGUUCAUCCAUGGAGGCUCAUACAUGGAAGGCUCAGGGAACAUGUUUGAUGGCAGCGUCCUCGCUGCCUAUGGAAACGUCAUCGUCGUCACCAUGAACUAUCGGCUUGGUGUGCUUGGCUUUCUGAGCACAGGGGACCAGUCUGCAAAGGGGAACUAUGGCUUGUUGGACCAGAUCCAAGCUCUGCGCUGGCUCAACGAAAACAUCGGCCACUUUGGAGGAGACCCAGAAAGAAUAACCAUCUUUGGCUCCGGGGCCGGUGCUGCCUGUGUGAACCUUCUCAUCCUCUCCCAUCACUCUGAGGGCCUGUUCCAGAGGGCCAUUGCGCAGAGUGGCUCCGCCAUCUCCAGCUGGUCAGUCAACUACCGGCCGCUAAUGUACACAAAGAUCCUCGCGAGGAAGGUCGGCUGCACUCUGGAGGACAUGGGUGAGUUGGUGGAGUGCCUGCGGAGGAAAAGUUUCCGGGAGCUGGUGGACCAAGAUAUUCAGCCUGCACGCUAUCACAUUGCCUUUGGACCUGUGGUGGAUGGGGAUGUCGUUCCAGAUGAUCCUGAGAUCCUCAUGCAGCAGGGCGAGUUCCUCAACUACGACAUAUUGCUGGGUGUCAACCAGGGAGAGGGGCUGAAGUUUGUGGAUGACAGCGAAGAGGAAAAUGGAAUAUCAGCAGCGUCAUUUGACUACACCAUCUCCAACUUUGUGGACAAUCUGUAUGGAUACCCUGAUGGUAAAGAUAUCCUGAGGGAAACCAUCAAAUUCAUGUACACUGACUGGGCGGAUAGGGACAACAGCGACAUGCGCAGGAAGACCCUCCUGGCUCUGUUCACGGACCAUCAGUGGGUGGCCCCGGCUAUUGCCACUGCCAAGCUGCACGCUGAGUUCCAGUCGCCAGUCUACUUCUACACCUUCCACCACCACUGUCAGACUGAGGCGAGGCCAGAGUGGGCAGACGCAGCCCACGGAGAUGAGAUCCCAUAUGUUUUUGGGAUUCCCAUGGUGGGAGCCACUGACCUCUUUCCCUGUAACUUCUCCAAGAACGACGUAAUGCUCAGUGCUGUAGUCAUGACAUACUGGACCAACUUUGCCAAGACGGGGGAUCCAAACCUGCCAGUUCCUCAGGACACCACCUUCAUCCACACCAAGCCCAACCGCUUUGAGGAGGUCAUCUGGACCAAGUUCAUCUCCAAAGACAAGCAGUACUUGCAUAUUGGCCUGAAGCCUCGCGUCAGAGACAACUACCGGGCCAACAAGGUGGCCUUCUGGCUGGAGCUUGUGCCACAUCUGCACAGCCUUCAUGAGAAAAUCAUUAGCUCGUUCACAACUCGACUGCCACCUGGAGGCCCCAACCGCUGGAAGGGCCCUCAAAGCUCUGGUACUCGUUCCACACGACACCCUGUAAUCUCCACUUACCCUCCUGACCCUGAGCCUGAUGGGUCAGAGAGAACCCCCUACCAUCCUUUCCCCUCUGAGACCAGAGAUUACUCCACCGAGCUGAGCGUGACGGUAGCUGUGGGCGCCUCGCUUCUUUUUCUCAACGUGCUUGCUUUUGCGGCACUUUACUAUAAACGGGAUAAGCGUCACGAACUCAUGCAGCGGCGCCACCGCCGACUCUCGCCACAACGAGGCACGACAAUGGGCAUGGGUGUUGGCAUGGGAGUAGUCGGUGCGCCACCGCACAAUGACCUGGCUCUUAGCCAAGAGGAGGAGCUCAUGUCACUGCAGAUGAAGCAGCAGAGAGUGGAGCUAGAGCACGGCACACCCCUGCCUUCCCGUGGUGUCCAUGGUGACCUGGAGCCUCUGCGGCCCCCAGUGUGUCCUCCUGACUACACGCUGGCCCUGCGGCGAGCACCGGAGGAUGUGCCACUGAUGACAGCCAACACCAUCACCAUGAUCCCCAACACUAUCAGCAGCAUGCAGCCCCUACACCCAUUCAACACGUAUCCCCCUGUCCCGGCCCCUUCCGGUACGCCUGUCCCCAGCCACAGCAACAAUGCUCUGCCACACCAACAUUCCACCACCCGUGUAUAGGACUAGGCACAACCUCUGCUACCCCACUCUGGGCUUACAGAGACGAACCGCACAAACUGUUCCAUAUAAACUUCACUCUCACCACCCUCUAUUCCUCUUUAAUAUGUCUUUUGCAUCAAGCCCUCAAAUAAAGCUGCAGUCUGUAAGAUAUCAAGCCAUUAAAUAUCUUGAAAAUAUAAUCAUUAAUCGAGAAGUCGAUUUAAAAUCACUCCUUUGCCAAAAGCCUGUCGUCUUAGUUUUUUUUCUUGUUAACAACUUUUCAAUACCCGGCGUUUGGACAAGCCCCCCCAAAAAAGCAGCUUUAAGCUUGUCGCUCUCUCAAAGAGGCCUUCAAGCUGACCACAAUCAGUCAAGCAUCUAAUGUGCGGCUUGCUUGUUUUUUUGUUUUUUUUUAUUCUUUUUUGUGUAGUGUUGUUCAUGCAAACCUGUUUUGCAUAGAAUGCAAAUAUUCAUUUUCUGUUCAUUUAGUGUGAAGAUAUUAUAGCAGUGAGCAGCUCUGUGUGGAGCAACAUAUGCUCCAACAAGCUGUCUGUUAUAAAGCUGCCAUUUAUUGAAACUUACAAACUGCAGCUUUAAAAAGGCCCAAUCUGGAAGUGAGUGCUUGGGCACCACGCUAUGUCCCAACAGCUGUUUCUGUGGUCUGAUUUUUGGAGAAUUUCACUUUGUGCGAAAUGUAUUGUCAGUGCUGGAAGUGCGAGGAUGAAAAUGGAUACGCAGAUGAGCAUGUGAUCUACAUUUAUUGUGAAACUCAAAGCGGCAGGAUCAGUGGAAAAAGCACUCAUUGGUGAGGUUUGGGUUACUAAACAUUUUAAGAUUUAAGGCUUUCUGUCCUGAUCACUCUUCGUUAGGUAAGCGUGGACAAAUGCACUUGUUUCAUCAGAUCAAUGUGAUUCUCCAUUGCCUCGAUUCUCUUUUAGAACCCAUUCAGACCUGGUAUUAACGUCUGUCCUGCAUGAUCCGUGCCAAUCAUACUAACUUCAGUUCGGAAUUCUCCAAGUCCAUCCUGAAUGCAUUCUCCGAAAAUCACAAAAACUACACUUGGUGGUUUGAGGACACAUGUGGCCACAUUCUUGAGCAUGAAUGAAUGCAAGGACAGAAAGGACACCACCUCAGCUGAUGUCCUGUUUUUAAUUUAAGGUGUGAACAGUUUUUCCCCACAUGUGAUCACACAGUAAGGACAGGUUAAUACCAGGUCUGAACAGAGCCUUGGACUUUUGCUGUGUUUUCCACCAUGGCCCGGUUUGGUUUGGUACAGUACAGGAUGGUUU